CGCCUACGUCAUCAGAGCGCGCCGUCCUCGGGGGAAGUUUAUUUCGUAGAAACCGUCGUGUGCGGAGGCCAGAAGCCUCGGGAUGUCUCUGGCAGAUGAGCUCUUGGCUGACCUCGAGGAGGCAGCAGAAGAGGAAGAAGGAGGAAGCUAUGGCGAAGAAGAAGAGGAACCUACCAUCGAAGAUGUACAAGAGGAGACACAGCUGGAUCUUUCCGGGGAUUCGGUGAAGAGCAUCGCCAAGCUAUGGGACAGCAAGAUGUUUGCGGAGAUCAUGGUGAAGAUUGAGGAGUACAUCAGCAAGCAAGCCAAAGCUUCAGAAGUGAUGGGACCAGUGGAGGCAGCCCCCGAGUACCGUGUCAUUGUAGACGCCAACAACCUAACAGUGGAGAUCGAGAAUGAGCUCAAUAUCAUCCAUAAAUUCAUCCGGGAUAAAUACUCCAAGAGAUUUCCCGAACUGGAGUCCUUGGUCCCUAAUGCCCUGGAUUACAUCCGCACGGUCAAGGAACUGGGGAACAGCCUAGACAAGUGCAAGAACAAUGAGAACCUGCAGCAGAUCCUCACCAAUGCCACCAUCAUGGUCGUCAGCGUCACCGCAUCCACCACCCAGGGGCAGCAGCUGUCGGAGGAGGAGCUGGAGCGGCUGGAGGAGGCCUGUGACAUGGCGCUGGAGCUGAACGCCUCCAAGCACCGCAUCUAUGAGUACGUGGAGUCCCGGAUGUCCUUCAUCGCACCCAACCUCUCCAUCAUCAUUGGCGCAUCCACAGCUGCCAAGAUCAUGGGUGUGGCUGGCGGCCUGACCAACCUGUCCAAGAUGCCUGCCUGCAACAUCAUGCUGCUGGGGGCCCAGCGCAAGACGCUGUCCGGCUUCUCCUCCACCUCCGUGCUGCCCCACACCGGCUACAUCUACCACAGCGACAUCGUGCAGUCCCUGCCCCCGGAUCUCCGGCGGAAAGCGGCCCGGCUGGUGGCUGCCAAGUGCACGCUGGCAGCCCGUGUAGACAGCUUCCAUGAGAGCACAGAAGGGAAGGUGGGCUACGAGCUGAAGGAUGAGAUCGAGCGCAAGUUUGACAAGUGGCAGGAGCCACCGCCUGUAAAGCAGGUGAAGCCCCUGCCCGCACCCCUUGAUGGGCAGCGCAAGAAGCGGGGCGGUCGCAGGUACCGCAAGAUGAAGGAGCGGCUGGGGCUGACUGAGAUCCGGAAGCAGGCCAACCGCAUGAGCUUCGGGGAGAUCGAGGAAGACGCCUACCAGGAGGACCUAGGCUUCAGCUUAGGCCAUCUGGGUAAGUCAGGCAGCGGCCGUGUGCGGCAGACACAGGUGAAUGAAGCCACCAAAGCCAGGAUCUCCAAGACUCUGCAGCGGACCCUGCAGAAGCAGAGUGUGGUGUACGGUGGGAAGUCCACCAUCCGGGACCGCUCCUCAGGGACUGCCUCCAGCGUGGCCUUCACCCCGCUCCAGGGUCUGGAAAUAGUGAACCCCCAAGCGGCUGAGAAGAAAGUGGCUGAGGCCAACCAGAAGUAUUUCUCCAGCAUGGCCGAAUUCCUCAAGGUCAAGGGAGAGAAGAGCGGUAUCAUGUCUACCUGAGGUGUUCACCUGAGGUGAUGCGCCUCUGGGCCGGAUGACGCUGCAGGAGCACGGAUGCCAGUUCUCGUGCAGGAGUGGAGACGGCCCUGAGCCCAGGCCAGGACGUCCACGGAGUGUGCUGAAGCGCCCCUGCCCAUCUCCCUACUGGGACAUAGCAGGUCUUCAUUACGCCUGUCUGUUUUGUUAUAUUGGGAGAAGAAAUCCCUUUUUCUAGGAAGAGUAUGAUUAAAAACUGAGUAUCA